GGAACCCUAAACCCUUAUCGUUGGUCACCUCCGUAAGCCUCCGCGGCUCUGACCUGAGUCAGGCGUAUUGUGUCUGAGGGCAAACCGCACAUGUACAGCACACGCACGGACAGACAGACAGAUGUCUGGGCGAAAAAUGCGCACGCGGACAGAAUGCAUGCAUGCACACACAUGCACCAGGAGGAAGAUGUGUAUCCACACACAUACACGUGUCACGGGCAGCAACAGAUCUCAUCGUAGACUGUCAGUAAGGAAGGGUGUGGAAAAUGGGAUACUACUCUACAGCUGACUGACUGCCACAAAUACACUCACCACUCACUCCCUUACCCACACAUACACACACACAAGGACAACCGGACAAGCAAGUUGGAGGAAAAAGACGACAAGUCUCACGUCCGUCUCUCUCAGCACACAACAUGAACCGACCGAUAAACGCAUUCGUUGAUCACACUCACGCACUCAUCCAUGCACAGAAACUGAUGGCCUGUCUACCCCCCGCCGUAUCUGCAGUGCCCGAUGCCCUCGUGCUCGUCGUCCUCUCCUCUCUCCUGAUCAAAACCCCCCUUGAUGGUCGCCAGUGCGAUGAACGAUGCCUGGCGCUCGGAGUAGGUGGCGAUCAGCGCACCCAUCUGCAGCGCCUUGGUGGGAUGCCCUCUCAACGACUGCACAUACUCUGACCGGCUCCUCAUCUCGGGGUAGGGCGUGGGGGGGCGAGAUGUGGCUCCUGCUGCCUGCUGCUGGUUUGGCGGUUGCUGAGCCAUGGCUGGGUCGUGUUGUUGCUGCUGCUGCUGCGUGUCGGUGUCUUCGCUCUCAUCGAUGACAGACGGGGAGGGGGGCGGGGGCGGGGUGGGCGGCUCGGCUAUCGACAUACCAGGAGGGGGAGGGCCCGCGAACGGCAUCCGACGACGGACCUGCCAACACACACACAUACAAGACCCACCACGUCUAUGUGUCCGCUGUGUGCGCGUUGACUAGGGUGGUUGACUGACGUACCGAUGAGACGAGGAACCGUAUUGCCUGAGAGAAUCCGGGCAUGCGUGAGCCCCAGAGCGGGUUGCUGAGCAGCAUGAGGCUGCCCUGCCCGUCGAACGAGACGGAUGCGUUGCGGCCGGCCAGUCGUCGCGAGAGGGCCGUGCUGUCGUAGCCCAUCCUGCUGGAGGAGGGGUCGGUGUCGCUCGGCAGGGGCGUCUUGAGCAGACCGUUGAAACGGAUGAUACCGUAAUCCUCACCUGACAUAUAUAUCAACCAUGGCAGGGAGUGUGUGCUGUGCAGUGGUGGCUUGGCUGUGGCUGGGAUGGGAUACUCAUGUAUGGUGCCUACCGUGAAUGCCCAUGACUCGGACGAAGCUCUCGUCUGUGGCGGCGGUGAUGAAGUGACGACUGGUUGACAAAUACAACGACCUAAAGAAGAAAAAAACGCAGGCCAGGCAGACAAAGAACACAUACCUCGGGUGUGUCUGUCAGACUUGUCUGCUGCCGUCCGACUGACGUACCUGCGGUAGUUUUGCUGAGAGUGCAGCGGCGGCACCUGCAGGCCGUCAUGCGAUGGGUACUCACACGCACUGCCCAGCGAGAACUGAUGCAGACUUGCAUCGAUGCCACUGCACAGCAGGAAUCGGUCGUCGGGCGAGAAGCAGCACAUGACGUUGAGACACCCCGUGUGGAAACAUUGAGCCGGCCGGCUGCUGCAGAUCUUCUCACGCAAAUCCCACAACCUGCACACGACAACAGGCAACAGACCAUCAGCCUUUGGCACACACACAGAGAGAGAGAGAGAGAGACCCCGCCGAAUGCUCACUUGCACGUCUGGUCGAACGACGAUGUCGCGAAAAUGUGAGGCGAGUGAUUGGAGAACCUGGACAGCAGACACACACACAAGAGACACAGAGAGGUCACGAACGUGCCUCUGGUGCUGCCGGGGGCUUGGAUUCCUUCCUGACCUCAGUAUGUUGAUGUGGUGGUGGUGCACGUUGUCGAACACCUGCAGCUGCCGCGCCGUGGCCACGUCAUACAGCGCCAAGUCGCGCCUAAAGCCUGACGUCAUGAAGUAGUCGUCACUCACAUUCACUGACAAAGAACUACACACACACACACAGAGAGACGGGGAGGGAGCAAUGGAUACACACAUCGACCGACACAGAGAUGGCCGGAGGGCGUAUGGUAUCUGGCCCACCUACCUGAGUUGUUCGAAUCUUCUGCAGCUGUGGAGUCUCCUGAGUCCCCUGCCCAGGCCCUCGUUUUCGUCCCACUGCAGCAUGCAGGUGGUGCCAUCGUUGGCCGCACCGCAUAUGGCGAUGGUGGGGUGCAGAUGCAGCCACGCCAAACCCAGGAUGGGGCACUGCGCCACGGGCUCCCUGCCGACUGACACAUCCCUCUCGAAGUCUAUCACCGACACCUGCACACACACAAUGUGUGUGUCUCCACUGUAAAGGACACACGUCAUUCCUCUCUCCCUCUCUCCCUCCCUCCCCGGCUCACCGCGCCACUUUUGUGUCCAACGAGCAUCACAUCUUCCCUCACAGGAUGGAACUCAAACUGCCGCGCGUCGCGGGAGGUCCGCACCACCCGCAGGUCCUCGUGCGGCACCACACGCCAAUUCGGACUCGACCAACCCUCCACCAUUGCGCCCUCCUUGGCUCUCCGGCCAUUGGGGGCCAUUGGUGGGCGUGUGGCGGGCUCGCUGACGGGGGGCAGGUGAAAUGCAUAGCUCUCGGAGUAGGAGCGACAUCGUGUCUUGGCUGCUGCUGCUGCUGCCGCUGUGGUGGUGGUGCAUGUGGAGUGAGCGAAGCUGUAUCUGUGUCGCUGCUCGCACUCAUAGUGGUGGGGAUGUGCCGCGGGGCUGUCGCAGCGGAAGUCCAUCUGACAGGGGGGAGGGAGACAGGGGGGGAGGAAAGGGAAGGACACACACACACACACACGUGUAUCAUGGCUGGAUCCCCUCUCCCUCUAUCGGUACCUCUGAGUCGUCAUCCGACAUGCCGAUGAUUCCGUCGUCCUCCUGAUCUUCCCCAGCACCAGCACCAGCACCAACACAAACCUCACAAGGCUUCUCGUCCGCAGCGCUGUCCCCAGCCGGCUGGCGACACCUCGGCGACGGCGGCGACGGACCCGCCCCAAGCAAAGGCGAGCUGGGCCAGCCCUCCUCGGUGCCAGCCGUGACCCAGCUGUGGGUCUCGCCCCUCUCGUCGUCGUCACCGCCCUCGCCAUCGUCGCUCACCACAUCGCCACUCGGCAAUGGCAGGGACUGCUCACAGCACGAUGACGCGUCAGAGCCCUCAUCAGCCCCAUGUGGAGUGGGCUCGACCUCUCGAACCAGCAGCAUGACUCUCUGUGUGCCGCUGGUCGAUGGCUGCCUGGGCCCUCGUGUGCGGUAGAGUCCGCUGCGCAUGGCGAGUGCCCACUGGAAGCAGCGGCUGUUGGCGGCCGUUAGAGUGUCGGGCGACGGGGGGGUAGCAAGGUGGAUGGUGACACGCUCCGACGAGCACCACCUCAGAUCCUCUCUCAGCUUGAGGGUGGGCUUGGGCUGAUCCAGCACUGAUUAAUCAAACACACCACAGUCAGCGUAGCACACACAGUACGUCAGCAAAUCACCCGUGUUGUGCGGCCAGCAGAGACUGUUUGGCUUACGUGGCUGGUGUGGCCGUGUUGGGUUGGCCCAUAGGAAGCCGCUGACGGUCUCCAUGACGGCCAGGCCCAUGACUCGCUCCAGAUGUCGACUUAGGGCAUCCAAAAGGUCGCCAAGACAGGCGUCACGAUCCAACUCAAGGUACGUCUCCUCCAUGCUGUGGUCGUCACACUGCAGGCAGACAGGCAGGCAUCAGGCACACCAGUUGCACGACCGCCUGUGUGUGUAUGUUAUGUGUUUCUGUCUGCUUUUGUUUGUAUGGUCACCCGUAUAAGCACGAUGAAGGUGUCAUCAAAGCCGGCGAUCGUUGCGCCCUCCAGUACAUGUGCCUCGAAGUAGAUGGCCUCCUCCCCGUCCCUCGCAGCCCCAUGACGCUCAACCAGACUCCAUUGCUCGUGGCCACGCAGGCCCAGGUCCCCCAGGCUGGCCCUCUGCCCGUCCUCCCUCCCAGGCAGCCUCCACCGUUGGUCGACCACACGGAUGGCGUCUUGCGGGCAGUCGCAUGACGACAGCAGCUGGCCGAUGUCGGCAGAUGGCAGCCAGAAUGGAGGCGAAAAGUCAUGACUGUCGCUGGCGUCCACCAUGGGUGUGUCGCCGUCCACGGCGGGGGAGAAGUGCUCGGCGGCUUCGCCGUGGGGGGAGGGCAUCUGGAUGAGCACUUGUGAGGGCCACUCGAGCAUGAGGGCCUGGUCGGCAGUCAGCACACCCGAGGGCGACACCGCACAGCCAGGACGCCCGCCGGCUGCAGGCAGACACACGGAACAGAAUAAACACAUUUCAGCAAGCCAGGUAUUCCCUCGCUUCGUGUUUGUCUCUCUGUCUUGCUCACCUUGAACCUUCCUGAGUCUGAGCGGCAUGAACUUGGGUAUCCCGUCACAGACCACACGCAACGCAUCCAACAACAGCGCACCCGUCAGCCGACCACCAGACGAAGCAGGACAACAAGAAGUAGACGAAGGUGACGACGACGAUGGAACUGACACGGGGACCGCGGGCAGCCUGAUGUCCAUGCCCUGGAUCCUCACUGUCACGCUGCGAUGCCGCACCCUCUCCAGCCUCAUCGCCACCGUCGGCACCACAUGCCGGCUCACGUACUGCUUCGACGCCCGCCCUGGAUGCGGCCGCAUCAUCGACCUGGGGCUGGUCGAGAUGCGCAGGACCUUGCCGUCGCGCGAUGACCGGGGUGAGGUGUCGUCUGUGUGAGGGGGAGCGGAGGAGGGGCAGGGGCGGUCGGCGAUGGGCUGCCGUGUGGUCGACCAGUGGAGACGAAACAGCUUCCGCCAGUUGAUCAGACGCUCCACUGAUGGACAGACAGACAACCAGAGAAGGAGAAAACAGCCAUAUGAGGGAAAAGGGCAGGAGAAGUGACAGAACAUCGUGUGACUGACUCACCAGGUAUGCCGAGAGUGAAGGGGCAGGCCCACGAGUCAAAUUCGCGCCUCCUGGCGGCCUCUCCGUCCUCGUCGAUGAUCUUGCUUCUCUGGCAGUAGUGGCGCCAGUUGGUGCCCCCCUCGGGCAGGUUGCGGAAGAGGGAACAGCAUGCCUCCAGCCGCCGGUAGUCACACGGGUCCAGGUAGUCAAGGAUCUCAAACCACAGCUGCGGACAGAUGGGCGGACUGCGAGUCCACGAGGAUGACAUGCGGGGAGCACGACUCUCACUCAUCUGUAAUCAGCCGAUGACAUUUGAUGCACUGAUCUUCAUGACAUCUCUCGUUUGCCUUGGGAAGCCUUCCUCCGACUUGGG